AUGGUAGAAGCAGGUCCAUCAUCUAAAAAAGGACAACAACGAUGCGAUGACAACAAGCGCCCUCUCCAGAAAAUUGCAUUAUCGUUUAUUCAUCGGGAAGGGAACAAAGGUAUAUGUCAUAUUGAAGAGAGCAGCGGAUAUACCUACGUCCAAAUGACUAUGGAUGUCGGUAAUUUUAUCCGUCAUUUCCGCACAAAGCAUACAGAUGCGGCGAAUAAAUGUGGCUUGCUGAAAGAAACUGAUGCUAGCGCCAAGAAGCCAAGACUGGUGUCCAAACGAUCCAUAGCCAUUGAUACGCCGCUGUACAUGGACUCUAUUGUCAAAUUAUUGACCUACCAUCAACUCCCUCUUUGCUUCGUAGAGUGGGAAGGGAUGAAACAACUCAUGGACCCAAUAUCUGCUGCACUUGGUGUUACAGUAAACAGAAACAAUGUAAAGAUAAUUACGCACUCCGUCACUGAUCAAAUUCGUAAGGCUUUAAGUGAUGAACUGAAGAACAGGUUGAUUUCACUGAAAGUUGAUUCAGCAUCACGUUUUUUUUGGAUAGAAAAAUCGUCAUUCGGACAUUAG